UGUCGAACCGAUUCUCUGUGCCCGCCAUCGCGACUCGACAGAUUAAUAAGAUGCGUUACGUUCUCGUUACCGGCGGUGUCAUUUCAGGGGUUGGAAAGGGCAUCAUUGCCUCAUCGACCGGCCUACUCCUGAAAACCCUCGGCCUCCGCGUCAGCUGCAUCAAGAUUGACCCCUAUGUGUCGGUCGAUGCGGGGCUAAUGGCCCCCGCUGAGCACGGCGAGUGCUUUGUUCUGUGCUCCGGAGGCGAGGUAGAUCUCGAUCUCGGAAACUACGAGAGGUAUCUCUCGGUGCGCCUCACCAGCGAGCACAACAUCACCACCGGCAAGGUCUACCUCAACGUUAUAGAAAAGGAGCGUCGCGGAGACUACCUCGGCAAGACAGUCCAGAUUGUGCCACAUGUCACCGAUUCCAUCAAGGACUGGAUCAAGCGAGUGUCCAAGAUUCCGGUGGAUGGGACGGGCGAGGAGCCCGAUGUCUGCAUCAUUGAGCUUGGCGGCACCAUUGGUGACAUUGAGAGCAUGCCGUUCAUCGAGGCCCUCACACAGCUCCGCCACGAGGCCGGUGCUGGCAACUUCAUGAACAUCCACGUCUCCUAUGUUCCCACGGUCCACGGCGAGCAAAAGACAAAGCCCACCCAGCACGCCGUCAAGUCGAUCCGCAGUUACGGCCUGAUCCCGGACAUUGUUGCCUGCCGCUGCGAAACACCCCUCGCCGAGUCGACUGUUGCGAAGCUCGCCCUCCACUGCCAAAUCGAGGCGGACCAGGUUCUUGUCGUCAGGGACAUGCCGACCAUCUACCAAGUUCCUCUCCUCCUGAGCGAGCAAAAGCUCAUCCCGCAGCUCCGAUCGAAGCUGGCCCUGGAUAAGCUGACCAUCUCCCCCGCCAUGGCUGCCCAAGGCACAUCGCUCUGGGAUCUGUGGAAGUCGGUCGUCACCCCAACAUACCAGGAGGAGGUCAAGAUCGCUCUCGUCGGCAAGUACGUCACAUGCCAGGACGCCUACCUCUCCGUGGUCAAGGCGCUUGAGCACUCGGCCAUGCGCAUUCGCAAGAAGCUCAACCUCAUGUGGAUUGACUCGGAGGAUUUGGAGCCGACAAACGGGGGCGGGGCAGCUCAAGCCAAAUAUCACAAGGCCUGGCACGAUGUGUCCACAGCGUCUGGUAUCAUUGUGCCGGGCGGUUUCGGUCACCGCGGGACAGAGGGAAUGAUGCGGGUUUCCAAGUGGGCCAGGGAGAACGAUAUACCCUUCCUCGGCGUCUGCCUCGGCUUCCAAGUUGCCGCGAUCCAGUUUGCGCGGGAUCUGUGCGGCAUGCCGGAGGCGACUUCGGAGGAGUUCAACGCCCAGGCCAAGGAUCGCGUGGUCAUCUUCAUGCCCGAGAUCGACCGCAAGAACAUGGGCGGCACCAUGCGCCUGGGUCUGCGCAAGACCAUUUUCCAGCAGAACUCGGAGUGGUCCAAGGCACGAUCACUAUAUGGCGACGUCGAGGUCAUUGAGGAGAGGCACCGCCACCGGUACGAGAUCAACCCGGAGCUCGUCGAGAAGCUCGAGAAGACGGGCCUGCACUUUGUGGGCAAAGACGAGACAGGCGAGCGGAUGGAAAUCUUUGAGCUCAAGGAUCAUCCGUUUUUUGUUGGUACACAAUUCCACGCCGAGUACCAGUCGCAAGUCGUCAACCCGAGCAGACCCUACCUCGGCUUCGUCGCUGCAAGCGCGGGCUGCUUGGACCAGGUGAUCAAGCAGGAUCCGGUUGAGCCUUUCAAGACGGUCACCCUCCUGAACGGUACGAAAUAAGGCAGCGACGCGAACAAAAGGUCAUGUUCAUCGCGGUGGGGGCUUCUUUGCCCGUUUGGAAGCCGGGGAUCAGGUUGGGGAGAGAUACAAGGUGUCGUCAUUGGUGUGUUGCAUUCGAGUCAUGAGAGGUGGGGGUCCGGGAGGACAAUCAGUUGAGCAGACCUAUCACUCUGCCCAUAUAUUCUUAGAUAUGGCCUUGGGGUUCAGGAUGAUCAUUGGGAACGGCGCAUCUGCAUGCACAUUGAAACUUAGACAUGGCUGGCGUUCAGGAUACAAGGGGAGGUCAUCUCGGUUUGGUUGUGUACUCAUCAGCCUCAAUAUACCAUUAGUUUGCUUGGGAGGAUGCUC